AUGAGCCUGAACUGCCUCGCUUGCCACUCCCUGCAAAGAUCAGACUCGGAUAUAGAAAUGGGAAGCCGUAAAGAUUCAAACUUCAAAGAAAAUUUCGCAACUUCAAGGUAUGACAAGAUGGUAAGGAACAGAUCAUCGUUGCCCGUAGUGAGACGGGUCAAACAGGGUCAUCGCAGGCUUUACAGCGCGGAGAUCGUGGUCUAUGGUGAUCUGGAUGAGCCCAAGCUGGUCAGAAGCAGUGGGAUCAGAAGGGAUUGGAGCUUUGAGGAUCUAAAGAAACAAAGAGAGAUGAGAAUUGAAGAGACAAUAAAAGAAUAA